AUGGCGGAGGGGUUUGAGGGGCUCAGGAGAACUUUCCGAGGUGGGAAAACGAGGGGAAUCGAGUGGCGGAAGGCGCAGCUUCGAGCGGUUCUGAGAUUGUUAGCCGAAAAUGAAGCGCAGAUUUUCGAAGCCCUGAGGCUAGAUCUUGGGAAACAUCCUAUUGGAGUGGUGAAGAAAUCAGCAGAUCAUGCUCUGGUUCACAUCAGCUCAUGGAUGGCUGUCAAAAAGGCCCAACUACCUCUACUUCUGUUUCCAUCAAAAGCACAAGUAUUGCCAGAACCACUGGGUAUUGUACUCAUAUUUGGAUCCUGGAAUUUCCCCAUCAGUCUCACACUUGAUCCCUUAAUUGGGGCAAUUUCUGCUGGAAACACUGUGCUACUGGAGCUUCGUUGGGAUAAAAUAUUCUUCACAGGGAGUCCCCGAGUAGGGCGUAUAGUCAUGUCUGCAGCAGCAAAGCAUUUGACUCCCGUGACUCUUGAACUGGGUGGAAAAUGCCCAGUCAUUCUCGACUCUUUCUCUGGCUCAGACUUACAGGUGGCUGUAAAGAGAAUAGCUGGUGGGAAGUGGGGACCGUGUGCUGGACAGGCAUGCAUAGGGAUUGACUAUGUGCUCGUGCAAAAAGAUCUUGUUCCUCUUCUGGUUAAUGCAUUGACAAGCUGUAUCAAAAGAUUUUACGGCGAGAGUGCGAAAAACUUGAACAAUAUUUGCAGAAUUGUGAACAAGAAUCACUAUGAUCGGAUAUGCAAUCUUCUUGAUGAACCUGGUGUGGCAGCUUCCAUUGUCUAUGAUGGUUCAAUGGACUCUGAAAAUUUGGUUAUCGGUCCCACGAUUUUAGUGGAUCCUCCUCUUGAAGCUCAGAUUAUGACGGAAGAAAUAUUCGGGCCAUUGCUUCCCAUCAUUACACUCGAUAAGAUCGAAGACAGUAUCGAUUUCAUCAACGAGAGACCAAAGCCAUUAGCCAUUUAUGCAUUCACCAAGAACAAAAAACUCAAGGAUCGAAUUUUGCAAGAAACAUCAUCUGGGAAUGUAACAUUCAAUGAUACCAUUAUUCAGUUUAUAUGUGACUCACUGCCGUUUGGAGGUGUCGGUCAAAGUGGUUUUGGAAGGUACCAUGGGAAGUACUCGUUCGAUACUUUCAGCCAUGAGAAAGCGGUUCUGCAUAGAAGCUUUUUUCCGGAGCUCGAGCCGAGGUAUCCUCCAUGGAAUGCUUUUAAGCUGGAGUUUAUAAGAUUGGCUUACAACUUUGAUUAUGUUGGCCUGUUGCUUCUUUUAUUGGGUUUGAGGAGAAUAUUUACGCGAAAUCGGUCUCAUUAG